UAGUUUUAGGUUAUGUUUCUGGUAGGAAAACGUGUUUAUAUUCAAAUAUGUAAUCCUUCUAAUUUAAUAUUUACAUAUCGGUUGCAGAAUACUUUGAAACACUUUUUAUUCUGACGAUCUUACAUUUAAUAAGCCUAAACAUGCCUAAAGUUAAAACAGAAAAGAAAUCAAGAACACACCAAGAAGUUGCCAAGCAAGGUAUCCUAUUCAACAAAGGAUUUGGGCAACACAUAUUGAAAAACCCAUUAGUAAUUCAAGGAAUGGUAGAUAAAUCUGCUGUUCGAUCCACAGACAUUGUCUUGGAAAUAGGGCCUGGAACAGGUAACAUGACCGUGAGGCUCCUAGAGAAAGCAAAAAAAGUUAUCGCCUGUGAAAUUGAUACAAGGUUAGUCGCUGAGCUCCAGAAGCGUGUCCAAGGUACUCCGUACCAGUCUCAGCUGCAGAUCUUGGUCGGAGAUGUGCUUAAGACGGAACUUCCAUUUUUCAACAUCUGCGUGGCUAAUAUUCCCUACCAGAUCUCGUCACCACUGGUGUUCAAGCUGCUCUUACAUCGGCCGUUUUUCCGCUGUGCAGUGUUGAUGGUUCAGCGAGAGUUUGCCCAGCGUCUUGUCGCCAAGCCAGGAGACAAGCUGUACUGUCGUUUGUCUAUCAACACUCAGCUCCUUGCCCGAGUGGAUAUUUUGAUGAAGGUUGGCAAAAACAAUUUUCGACCACCACCCAAGGUUGAAUCGAGCGUAGUGCGGAUUGAACCCAGAAACCCUCCCCCACCAAUCAACUUCAAAGAGUGGGACGGCCUGACGAGAAUAGUUUUUGUGCGGAAAAACAAGUCACUUAGAGCAGCUUUCAAACAGAGCGUGGUGUUAACUACGUUGGAAAAGAACUACAAAGCACACUGUUCUUUGAGCAAUCAGGAAAUUGCUGCAGAUUUUGAUAUCAAACAGUACGUAGAUGACAUAUUAGCGGAAAGUGGCUUUGCUGAAAAAAGAGCGAGAACCAUGGACGUAGACGACUUUCUUAUGGUUCUCCACGCGUUCAACGUCAAAGGCAUACACUUUGCUGGUUGUUGAAACAGGUUUUCAUCAAAUCUUGUACAAAGUCUUAGGUUAAGUGACAAUAAAUAAUAAAUACUUUUACAA